AAGACCUUGUGUAUUAAGUAUGAUCUAGGAUGGAUAUGGAAUAUUAACUUUUGCAUCAAAUGUCAUGAUAAAUUAUAUGUUUAUUAAAAAAUAUAAGGCAGCAAAUUCGUAGAAGCAGUUUUAGAGCAACCGAUAAAAAUGAAGAAAAAGGGCGGAAAAAAAGAAAAAAAGGCUAGAAAAAAGAACUUUGUGAACGAACUAGAAACAGUUACAUUCGAACAACAGAUUCUUGAAAACAAUAGGCAAUUAGCAAGAUUACGAUCGCGCAACGAAGAACUUGAAGCGGAGGCGGAGACUUUGAAGGAAAGGCUCAAUCAACUGGAGGAAAACAAAGCCGACUUGACGGCCCAUUUGCAACGAGUUUUACGUAAGAAAACCGAGGAAGCCGAGGAGCUUGAGGAAAGACUGGUAGCUUUGGAAAAAGUACGGAAAGAGGAAGAAGAAGCUUUUAAAAAAAAGGAGGAGUCAAUGGAACACGAGUACAAGACGAUGGAGAACAAUCUCACCGCUGAGAUCAAACUAGCCGCCGGAAAGUUGAAUGCACUGGAGGACUGGCGUCUGGCUAGAAUCGACUUGAUGAACAAAUUUGAAGACCAAGAGAAACGAAUGGCUGAGCAAGAAAUUCGUCACAAAAAGAGCCUCUACGAGGCUGAAAAAAAGCUCAUCAUAGGCAAAGCAAAGAUGCAAAACGAGCUAGAAAAACGUCUGACCGAGUUGGCCGAAAGCUUUCGCGCUGCGACGAACCUGCGCCUCGCCGAUGCGACUCAGCGAGCGGUACGAGAAAACGUCUCGCUGCAGCAGGAGCUUAACGGUUUGUUGAACCAUUGCCGCGAACUCGAUGCUCGCAUGCAGAGCCACAAAGAGAGCGAACGCGGCCUCAGGCUGCAAGCUGCGCUUUACGAGGCCGAGGCGCGUUUGGCGCUCAAUAAGGUAAUAAAGCAGAACCGGCUGAUCGAGCGUCUCGCCCGGGAACAGCAUCGCAUGAGCCGAGCGAUCGGCAGAGCUCGUCGCGCGGAGGAGUACGCCAUUCGCGGGGAACAAGCUCUGGAGCAAGCGCGUCUUAGUUGCGCCGAAGCUCGCGAUCGAGCCCGCGUUCUCGAGCAAAACGUCGAGACCAGUCGCGGAAGUAGAGACGACUCGAUGCGAGAAGCUCGUGACAACUGCCGCGAGAUUGAGAAGCUGGCGCGGAUUCUAGCCGAGGCUAAGGAGGCUAUCAGGCAGGCGCUCCAGGUGCAAGCCGAGAUGUCCGAUAGGGGGGGCGAGCAGGAAGACGCCUGCUCUUCUUGUUUUCUGGAUCUGAAAGAAAAGCUGCUCCAUGCGCUGCUCGACAUCCUGGCCAGCUAUCAGGAUCCCAACGAUUUCGAACGGCUUACCGAGAUCGAAUCGGAAACUGUUAUAGAAAAUCUAUACGAGUUCGGAAAUUUGGGACUGAUACCGAGUUUCGGCGGAGCACCUGAAGCUACCUCUUCUGCGUCCAGCAAACGCGAUAUCCCCCGAGUAGCAGCGAAAGAAGAGUCUCGCAUCAACAGGGAGAAGGAAAAAGAGUCUCCGAGCGCUAUUUGACUGUCGCCGAUUGCUCGUCUGAUUAAUCAACUUUCAUAGCAUUUUUUAUAUGUUCAUAAGUGAAAUAAAAAGAAUUAUAUAUAA